GCAAGAGCGUCAGCAGCAGCAGCAGCAGCAGCAUCACCGCCACUGCGCUGCGUUUCCGCCUUGGCUGAGCGGCGCACACAAGCCCGAGAGGGGAGGGGAGGGACGCCGAGGAGACGAGCGGAAUCACCGAGACGCAGUGGGGGCACGGCACGGCACUGCACGGAUUCCGAGCGAAUUCUACAAACGACGCGCCAAAGAAUAACAACAACCCCAUCAUCAUCAUCAUCAUCACCAUCAGCAGCAGCAGCAGCAGCAGCAGCACCAGAAGCAGCAGCACCACCACCAAAAAUUAAAAACCGACGCGCCAAGGAGCGAACCUGUGCGGUGCGCGCCCGAUACUUCCAGCAUGGAGACUGCGCUAAAAAACAGGCACUAAAAAUUCUGAGAAAAAAAUGAAGAAGUUCAACAUCAGGAAGGUGCUGGACGGCUUGAAAGAGGUGUCCUCCUCCACCCCGUCCGUCCAAGUGGGGCCACAGGAGAACCAUCUGAUCCAGGAGACCAUCCAGUCCGAGCAUUUCCAGCUGUGCAAGACCGUCCGUCAUGGCUUUCCCUAUCAGCCGUCAUCCAUGGCUUUUGACCCGGUGCAGAAGAUACUGGCCAUCGGGACCCAGAGCGGGGCUCUCAGAUUGUUUGGUCGUCCAGGCGUGGAGUGUUACUGUCAGCAUGAGACUGGAGCGGCCGUCAUCCAGCUACAGUUUCUCAUCAAUGAGGGAGCGCUGGUGAGUGCUCUGGCUGACGACAGUGUCCACCUGUGGAACCUGAGGCAGAAGAGACCCGCCAUCCUCCACUCCCUCAAGUUCAACAGAGAGAGAAUAACGUUCUGCCACCUGCCCUUCCAGAGUAAAUGGUUGUACAUCGGCACAGAACGAGGGAACAUCCACAUCGUCAACGUGGAGUCCUUUACCCUCUCAGGCUACGUCAUCAUGUGGAACAAAGCCAUCGAACUGUCCUCCAAGGCUCACCCCGGACCAGUCGUCCACAUAAGUGACAACCCUAUGGAUGAGGGAAAGCUUAUAAUUGGAUUUGAGUCCGGGAUCGUGGUCCUGUGGGAUCUGAAAUCAAAGAAGGCUGACUAUCGCUACACUUAUGAUGAGGCGAUCCACUCAGUUGCCUGGCAUCACGAGGGCAAGCAGUUCAUUUGCAGUCACUCAGACGGGACUCUGACCAUAUGGAACGUCAGAGGCCAGGGCAAGCCCAUACAGACAAUCACCCCACACGGAAAACAGCCCAAGGAUGGGAAGAAGCCAGAGCCUUGUAAACCCAUUCUCAAAGUGGAGUACAAAACCACUAGAAAUGGGGAACCCUUCAUAAUCCUGUCUGGUGGUCUGUCGUAUGACACGGUGGGCCGGCGGCCUUGUCUGACGGUAAUGCAUGGGAAGAGUACUGCUGUGCUGGAGAUGGACUAUCCUAUAGUAGACUUCCUCACACUCUGUGAAACACCCUACCCAAAUGAUUUUCAGGAACCUUACGCUGUGGUGGUCCUUCUAGAAAAGGAUUUAGUGGUGAUCGACCUUGCACAAAAUGGUUACCCCAUAUUCGAGAACCCCUAUCCUCUGACUAUCCACGAGUCUCCUGUGACCUGCUGCGAGUACUUCGCCGACUGCCCUGUGGACCUCAUACCUGCACUUUACUCUGUUGGAUCGCGGCAGAAACGACAGGGCUACAGCAAAAAGGAAUGGCCUAUUAGUGGUGGGAACUGGGGUCAAGGCACACAGAGCUACCCAGAGAUCAUCAUCACUGGGCAUGCUGAUGGAACUGUGAAGUUCUGGGAUGCCUCUGCAAUAAUGCUCCAGGUGCUCUAUAAGCUCAAAACAGCCAAGGUGUUUGACAGAAACCGGUCCAAGGAGGACAAGGGCAGCACCGAGACGUCCGACGACGACCCCUUUGCUAUUCAGAUCAUGGCCUGGUGCCCUGAGAGCCGGAUGCUGUGUGUGGCCGGGGUGUCAGCCAACGUUAUCAUCUACCGCUUCAGCAAGCUGGAAGUAACUACUGAGGUGGUGCAGCUACUAGAGGUGCGAAUGCAGUACGAGCUCAACGACAUGGAGUCUCCAGAAGGCGGGGGUGGAGGGGGAGAACACUCGUCGGCGCACCCCACUCCCGGCGCCUCCCCUCAGACGAGUGGCCCGCCUUCGCACCCCUCCACCAGCAGCAACAACUCUGACGGAGGCAACAUACCCUGCCUCAAAGUGCGCAGCACUCCCCUGAAGCAGUCUCCCGGUUACCAGGUAGAUUUGGUGGUCCAGUUAGUGUGGGUGAGCGGAGAGCCUCCUCAGCAGAUCACAAGUCUCGCGCUCAAUUCCUCCUACGGCCUUGUGGUGUUUGGCAACAGUAAUGGUCUGGCGGUGGUGGACUACGUCCAGAAGACGGUGGUGCUCAACUUGGGGACGGUCGAGCUUUACGGCUCCAAUGACCCCUACCAGAGACAGCCCCGCUCGCCAAGAAAGACACGUCAACCCUCUGGAGGUCUGUGCGACAUCAACGAGGGCUCCGCCACAUCGGAGGACCGCUGCAAAUCCCCCACUUCAGUGUUGACGUCAAACAGCAAUCUACAGCAAUUCUACAAUGGAGGUGGUAGAGGAGCAAAGAUGUCACGGAAAUUAAGCUUGCCUACUGAGCUAAAGCCAGACUUGGUCCUCCUGUCUGUAUGCCCGCCGCGGGGUGCCAACCCAUUAGACCACCGAGACAAUUCCUUCAGCCGCUCGCGCUCCUCCAGCGUCACCAGCAUCGACAAGGAGGCCAAGGAGGCCGUCAGCUCCUUCCACUUCAGCGAGAGCUUCGCCCGGAAGGGGGACAGCACCUUGACGCCCUGCCUGUACGUGGGCACCUCCCUGGGCACCGUGCUGGCUCUAGCCAUCACGCUGCCGCCCGCUGGGGAGCAGCGGCAACUGCAGCCGGUCAUCAUUGCGCCUACUGGCAUGUUGGUACGGGUCAAGGGCAGCAUCAUGCGGAUGGCUUUCCUCGACUCGACUGGCGCCCUGGUGCCACACGCGUUUGAGCCGUGGUUUGAGCCCAACGUGACAGCGGAUGGCGAGGAAAGAGAGAAGGUCCGCAAGCGCAGGCCCGUCUCGGUGUCCCCCUCCACCUCCCAGGACCUCAAUGAGAGCCAGUACGCUGUGGUGUGCUCAGAAAAACAGGCCAAAGUCAUCUCCCUCCCCUCCCAGACCUGCAUCUACAAACACAGCAUCACCGAGACCUCCUUCAUCCUGCGAGCGGACGUGGUGCAGAUGAGCCAGGGCGCGUGUGUGGCGUGCUUCUGCGCCAACGGCCACAUCAUGACCCUCAGCGUGCCGGGUCUGAGACCGCUCAUGGAUGUAAAUUACCUGCCUUUGACGGAUAUGCGGAUAGCCAGGACGUUCUGCUUCACCAACCUGGGUCAGGCCAUGUACCUCUGCUCCCCCACUGAGAUCCAGAGGAUCACUUACAGCCAGGACAUCUGCGAAAACCUACAGGAGAUGCUGGGCGAACUUUUCACACCAGUGGAGACACCGGAGGCACCGAACAGAGGGUUCUUCAAAGGUCUCUUCGGGGGCGGAGCACAGUCUCUGGACAGAGAGGAGCUAUUUGGCGAGAUAGCCGCUGGAAAGGCAUCCCGAAGUUUGGCCCAGCACAUCCCAGGCCCCGGUGGCAUCGAGGGAAUGAAGGGGGCCGCCUCCGGUAUAGUCGGAGAUCUGGCGCGCGCCCGGAUAGCGCUGGAUGAGAGAGGCCAGAAACUGGGCGAGCUGGACGAGAGGACGGCUGCCAUGAUGGCCAGCGCGGAUUCCUUUUCCAAACAUGCCCAUGAUAUGAUGCUGAAGUGCAAAGACAAAAAGUGGUACCAGUUCUGAUCAGUGACAGGAGGAAGAGGAGCAGAGCUCCACGGACACAACUGUCACCCUCCAUCAGCUCAUUUGGACUCACCGUGACCCCCACCCAUCCGUCUGUCCGUCCGCUCAUCCAUCCCUACGAGCCUUUCUUCACUGGGAUACCUGGGAUUUUCUUCCCUAGCACAAUGUUGAAUACUGUUCUUACCUCAGUCUUAGGGUGGAACUGAGGAGUAGACAGAGGAGAAGGACAAACCUCAGAGGGAGCAAAUAAAUGGUGUCUCUCUUUUCUUUUCUUUUUUUUUUUAAAUGUCCUCGUCUCUUCGUUUUAUCUCUGUUCAGCCUCUCCUCCGAGGUAGCCGUUAGGCCCACACGCCUGGUGAUUUCUUCAUUCUCAUUUGCCAAAAAAAAAAGAAAAAAAGUCCUUUCACCAUUGUCUCCGCUCAGAGGGGCCUGUCUAGGGGAACGGGAUUCAAAAACCGACAAACACGUCUGAAAAAAGACAAAUACCUAACGAAGAAACAGACUACAAAAAAAAUUAAAGUGUAAAAAAGAAAGGAAAAAGAAUCUAAAUACAUCAUUAUAUAUACAUAAAUCUAAUAAAUGUGCAACGCUGUUAUCCACUUCCGAGUACUAAAGAAAAAGGGAUGGCUCAUCGAUGGAGACAGGGGCGAAGGGGCCCUCCAAAGGAGGCGAACGCUGGAGAGCCCACGGGAAGUGCUGAGACAGUGACGCCUCCUCUAUGCAGAGAGUCGCCGGGAUUUUAAAAAAAAAGCAACUUAUUCUGAUGUACACUGGAUAUUUCACUCUAGACUCUCCUUCUGUGUACUUACAGACUUUCAUAUCGUUACCAACAGUGUGUGCGUGUGUGAGUGUGUGCGGCGUGCGGCGUGCGUGCGUGUGUGUGUGUGUGUGUGUGUGUGUGUGUGUGUGUGUGUGUGUGUUAAUUUCUAUUUUUCUUGCCAUUCCCUCUAUUUGUUAUUCGUUGGGGUUUUUUGCUCUGUCUGUAUUAUUGGAGAAUCUCUUAUUUUUCUAUUGUCGUGAAAGUGGAUGACGUUUGCUUUGUUGAAAAAUAUAAUAUAUAAGUUUUGUGGCUUUUUUUUGUCUGACAAACUCAGAUUAAUUUCUCUGUAUGAAAAGGGCUGGAAUCUAAAAAAAAAAAAAACGGAGGGCAAGGAUAUAAAAGGCAUAUAUCAUUUAGUGCUUGCUGGACACGACGGCACCGGAUUAUACCGACUCUGAAAUCUCAGAAGCAAGUUCGUUUUGUUCUCUUUACCCGAGGACUUCCUUUUUGGCGACCUGUCUAGUGUGACGUUCACAAUUGCCUCGCUCACACUCAGUUGGAGAACUUCCACGGUUUGGCUUUAGUCUGUGAGCAUGACCACCAAGGCCAAUGGGAUCGGUGUUAAAUGCUAAUGCUAAUAGUCGCGCCAGAUUUGUCGGUUCAGGAGUUUUCCGAAUUCCGUGUGAAUAUGAGUAGAAAUGCUAUUCAUGUGUACUCGUAUAUGCAGGAUACCGAAAAUAUGGGUGUAUAAUCCUUUAAAGGCAUACAUUUGACACAUUAUUUCAGUUGUUCGCUGACAGCAUCUAUGAGAACGUUGUCCGUCUUUUGCUGAUAUUUAUUUAUUGAGGCGCGAGAGAUGUUUGGUGUCAGAAAACCUCACUGUCAUUAUUAUUAUUAUUAUUAUUAUUAUUAUUAUUAUUAUUAUUAUUAUUAUUAUUAUCUCGUUUCUAUAUCCAUAUUUGCAGUAAAAGCUCAAAUGUGGUGUGUAUCUCUCUGUCUACCAGGCUUUUAAACCUUUAUUUGUAUAUAAGUAAAUAGUUUGACAAUCUUUAAGACCAACCGGAAAGUAAAUGUCGAGGUUGCCCGAGCAACAACAAGAGGAGAGAGGCCAUAUUUUUUCUGACGCCAAAGAGUUGCUUUAGCUUUUUUCCAUUGCUUUCAUUGUUUUUUGGCACGUCACUCUGUGAGUCAUGUGGAAAAAAACACGGUACGGCUUCACAGACCCGGGGAUCAGGUCUGUUUCGGGAUCAUCGUCAUCUCCAUCGCCGCUUCAUCAUGGUUUCAAGGGAAAUGGAGCAAGUUGCAAUGGAACUCAGCCAUUUUACAGUGCUAUUGUAUAUGUCAUCAAAUGUAACAUUUGGACUAAUGUUUAAUGUUUUAAAGUGGCCUAACUGUUGGUUGAUGAGACCUGAAACCACUCCCGCUACAGGUCGGACACAAACAAUAUAUUUAUGGUAUUCAUCUGUGUGUAUGUGUGUGUGGGGAGAUGUGUGCGUCACUGUGUGCAUCUGUCUGUGUGUCAGAGUGCGUUCAAGUGACAUGAUUUAAAUAUUUUUGAGUUUGUUUUUUAAUAAUUGAUGUCGAUGUCCUAGUCUCACCAGUCAGCAGUCCGUGUCCGGUUACGUGUCCGUCACACUAACUCAAAGCCACCGCUGAUGAAAAAAAAAAAGAAAAAAAGAUAACAAUAAAAGGCUUAAUAACGAGCAUCGGAGGAUGACCUUUAAAAUUUCUGGGUUUCAACUUAACUCACGCAUGUUCAGUAUUUGCACACAUGCUUUGACUUCUCCCUCAGUCUUUUGAGCUUUGACCUCUUGAAGUCUCUCUUUCUCCGGUGAGUCUUCCACUUACUCCGUUGGUCCCCACAGCUACAGAUAUGGCCUUCUUCUGUGUUUAGUUAGUGUCGUAGUGUGGAUGUCGGUAGGCAGAGCCCCCCCCCCCCGGGACUCCGAGGAAAGAUAACUCCUUCUAGCUAGAGGUCAUCCUCAAAAAACCCGUUCAGUGUCUUUCCUUCCGACCCAGCUGUUAUUUGUAUGUUUCUGUUCUUUUUUUCUUUUUUCUUAUACUUGUUUUUCUUUCGUUUCAUAUUAUUUGAGUGAUUUGUUUUCUAAUCCAUACACUACAGUAUGCAGUAUUCCUACCCAAUACAGUCCACACACUCGAGCAGCAAGAGGGAGUCCUGUCUAUCUGCCAUAUGCCAUCUUCUGUCCCGAAAAAUUCAACAAGUUAUCAGUGGGUUGCAGUAUUUUUCUCAUUGUAGCCAAUUUUUCUUGUACAGUUUUAUGCAACUUUCACAUGGAUGUUUAUGACUUUAUCUGCUGCCACAAAAGUUUAGAAAUUCUGUAGAUAGAGAUUACUGUGCAAUGGAAAAUAAAAGUGGAAAAUGUA